AUGGAACCCAUGGCUCAAGCUGCUGAUGAAGCCUUCAUCCAAAAUUCCAUUGAGGAAACCACAGUGGGAAUCUACAUUCUAAAAUCUCAGGACAGAUCUGAGGACAUUGGGAUUGUCCUCGAAGGCCAGAAAGUCUUACAAGGCUUGGACAACUUUGCAUUAGCUACAGCAAUGCUUUUUGGUCUAAUGUAUGCACUUAAUCUGAACUACCCACCUGAAAUGAAAUUUACCUUUGAAGUACUUCAGAAGAUCGUCAUGGAGCUGGAAGGCUGCACGUUAUCAGUGAAAGCUCAAGUUCUCAGAAACAGACUCUUUGAUGUGUACUUUCGGCUCAGUAGGGAGCAGUUCGACAGCUUGUUGAGCAGAGUCGGACCUAGAAUCUCAAGGAUCCAUACAAAUUACAGAGAGCCAGUUUCUUCAAUGGAGCAUCUGGCAAUUUGUCUGAGAUACCUGGCAACUGGUGACUCCUACACCACCAUUGCUUCUAGUUACCGAGUAGGCAUCUCCACUGUGGCAGGCAUUGUGCCAGAUGUGUCCAAGGCCAUUUGGGACAGUCUGGUGGAUGAAUUUCUGCCUGUACCAGAGACUGCUGAUUGGCAGGAGAUCGCCCUUGGCUUCAAGGAGAGGUGGAACUUCCCCAAUUGUGUGGGUGCAAUGGAUGGGAAGCAUGUGGUAAUCCAGGCACCACAUAAUUCAGGUUCCCAGGAUUUUAAUUACAAGGGAACAUACUCUGUUGUACUUCUGGCGGUUGUGGAUGCAAGGUAUCUUUUUAGGGUGGUGGAUGUUGGAGCUUUUGGUCGGAACAGUGAUGGAGGGACCCUUGCUGCCUCCGCUUUUGGACAAGCCCUGUGGGAAGAGAAGCUGCAUCUCCCAGAAGAUGCUCCUCUCCCAGGCACUGAUCACCUGGGGCCCAUGCCUCAUGUCUUUGUGGGAGAUGAGGCUUUUCCCCUCAGGAGGAAUGUGCUGAGGCCUUAUCCUGGAAGAAACCUCUCCCAACCACAGAGGAUCUUCAACUACCGCCUUUUACGAGCCAGAAGAGUAGUUGAGAAUGCCUUUGGGAUUCUUGCUGCACAGUGGAGAAUCUACCACCGGGUGAUUGGAGUGAGCCCUGCAAAUGUGGAUGCCAUUGUGAAAGCAACAGUGGCCCUUCAUAACUUCCAGAGGUGGAACUCCACAGUAGAAGCCCCUGCCCCACAGGAAGAACAGCACUUCCCUGCACUUUCACGCUUAAGGAGAGUGAGCACCAACAACUCCACCCGAGAGGCCGUAGCUGUACGGGAGUCCUUCACCAGCUACUUUUCCUCUGCCGCUGGUGUAGUGCCCUGGCAACACAACAUAGCCUGAUGUGCCCACCUGUUGUCUCUGCACCCCUCACCUGCUGCUGCUUUUCCUCUUCAACAUAAAACAAAGGCUCUUUUAAGAGCCACUCACUUAUUCUUAAAAGAUCUGA